AGUGCUUACAUGUCAAUUUGUAAUUGGUUACACCACGAAAACUCAAGAAACUCAAAAAGUCUUCAAUUUCUAACGACUUCAUAGUUCACGCCCUCCUCCUCCUGAAACUAGCAACCACUAACAAUGGCGAUCUCAUCAAACCCGACCCGAUCCAUCCUCUUAACAACUCUCAUUACCCUCCUCAUCUCCCUCUCAACCUCAAUAUCCGACCCGGAAGAGCUCGUAAACGAACUCCUAACCCUCCAAUCACAGUCCAGCUCAGGAGUAAUCCACCUAAACGACCACACAAUCUCCCGUUUCAUAACCUCAACCAAAACCCCCCGACCAUACUCCCUCCUCGUGUUCUUCGACGCCAAGCAGCUCCACGACAAAGCCGAGCUCCACCUCACUGACCUCUACCAAGAAUUUUCAAUUCUCGCCACGUCAUUCAUCACGAACAAUCCCGACAAAUCCGCCGCGGGUUACGGUAAACUAUUCUUCUGCGACAUUGAAUUUAAAGAAUCGCAGUCUUCGUUUAAUUUAUUCGGCGUUAACUCACUGCCUCAUAUCCGUUUAAUUAACCCUAAUGUCAAAAACCCUAAAGAUUCCGAAGCUAUGGAUCAGGGGGAUUUUUCGCGGAUGGCGGAAUCCAUGUCGGAUUUUAUCCAGUCGAAAGCGAAAUUGAGCGUCGGCCCGAUUCAUCGGCCGCCGCCUAUUUCGAAGAAUCAGUUAGCUUUUUUGAUUCUUGUGUUGUUGAUUUGGACUCCGUUUAUGAUCAAGAAGUUGUUGACUGGUCAGACAUUGCUUCAUGAUUGGAGAAUUUGGUUGUGUGGCGCUGUGUUUGUGUAUUUCUUUAGUGUUUCGGGUGCUAUGCAUAAUAUUAUUCGGAAAAUGCCGAUGUUUUUGGCGGAUAGGAAUGAUCCGAAUAAGUUGGUUUUCUUUUAUCAAGGGUCGGGUAUGCAGCUUGGAGCGGAAGGGUUUGCUGUUGGAUUUUUGUAUACCGUUGUUGGGUUGUUGUUGGCGUUUAUGACUCAUGUGCUUGUUUUGGCUAAGAAUGUGACUGUUCAGAGAUUGGUUAUGGUCGUUUCGCUUGUGGUUUCAUUUUGGGCGGUUAAUAAGGUUAUUUUCUUGGAUAAUUGGAAGACUGGUUAUGGAGUUCAUACUUUCUGGCCUUCGAGUUGGAAGUGAGGCGAGGAUGGGUGAUUUUCAUGAAGUGAAAGAGGUGACAUUUUUGCUUUAGUGAAACUUUAUUGGUGUAAGACUUUGUUGUUUUAUUGUUAAACUUUUGUUUAGCAUAGCUGUAUUUCAGGUUCAGUAUGUUUUCUGCUAAACAAAUGCUUACAUUUGAAGCAUUUUGUGUUUUAGCUGGAAAUGUGAAAUAUGCUUAGUUUUCUGAUGAUUUGAUAGUAGUGAACUUUAACAUUACUAAAUUGAUAGCAUGAAGAAGUCGUUUGCAUGCUUACGGAUUUUA